AUGUUCGGUUUUGGUAAUCUGCAAAAUAACCUGGAGUCGUGGAAUUUACAGGAGGACACCAAAAUCAGUUUCCAAACUUGUAACAUCCAAGCGAUAGCACUUUCGCCUGAUGGGAAAAUCCUGGCCACUGCAUACAAAGAUGGAAUCGUCACAUUGUGGGAUACAGCUUUGGCCAGACCUGUGAAGACUUUCCGAGCCCAUGAGGAUCUUUGUUAUUAUCUCAAUUUCUCUCAUGAUAACACGAGGCUUGUUUCAUCCAAUUCUGGCCCAAAUGGCUAUGGGAGACGUAAUUACGAAGAGUAUUCAUUCAAGGUAUGGAGAGUUCAGGAGCUCUUGAUGGAUCCCAGCCUCAGUCACUUAUACGUCAAUGAUCGUGAAGAUGGACUUGGAGUUGCAGAGUCUAAGUUAAUACCGUGGCCCGUUACGGACAACUAUGAAGCGCUUGAGCUUGGUGUGGUCAGACUAGAGAGGGAAUUUGUCAAGGAUACUGUAUGGGAGUUGGGAUGGGUAGCUCUAUCCCAUGACAUGAAAAAAGCCAUAUUCCUGUACGACGAUAGGUUUGCGAUAUGGGAUAUUGAUAGUGGGGACUAUAAGCAAGUGGAAUUUGAUUUUCCUCGCCUGGAUUGGAAACAAGUCAUAGAGUUCUUCCCAGAUGGCCAUACAUUUGCUAUUGGGUAUGACGAGGGAAUCAUGGUUUACGAUACCACAGGGAAACGUCUUCGACAUGUGAAGCAUCACUGGACCCGGACAAAAGUUUUGACGUCUCAAGUUGUUGAGGGUGAUCCAGUACCAGCGGAGUUCUCUUUCAAUAAUUCUGACGUCUGGCUAACUCGCAACAGUGAACGCAUUCUUUACAUUCCCCCAGGUUAUACGGUUGAUAACAGCAUUUUGAUGAAACCCGGAGUGUGCUGCGUUCAAGACAACUUGGUUCUUUUUGGCACCCGUGAUCACGAAAUUUUGCAGUUGCGAUUUCGACAGGAUUUUGAUCAAUGUAUUUAG